UCGAACACGGAAAUCUAUAACAGAUGGAUUCCCGCGAUGAAUACGAGACUUAAAAAAAUUGAUAGGCUCCUUACCGACUCUAAGAGGUGCAGUAGAAAGGCAAUUCAAGCCGAUAAGACCUGGAGCGGUCUCCUUCUAAACGAAGACAACCUUCCGGACAACUGGGUCCGCCAAUCAGGGGUUUUAGUGAGUAUC